GUCAGAUCUCUUCCCCCCUUUUCUCACGUUUUUUUCCGUCUUGCCUUUUGCCUCCCUCUUCCUCCUUUUCUUUCUGAUCCGGAGUAUACCAGCUGUGCUGUCACUCCUUCUCCGUUGUGCAUCGUUAUCAUCAUAAUUACCAGGGCUGUCACUCAUUUCCAGCCCCAUUCGCUCUUUCAUCUCGCUUUCCCGACAGGCAGCGCCAUCGGCCAACGCCGCGCAUCGAUUUCGACGCUCCAAGCUAGAGUCUACACCACACUCCAAUUCGCAUAUAAGUUCGAACAUUUCCACCGCCACCAUGUAUUUCGUCAAGGCUAUUCUCGUCACCUGCACCGCAUUUGCCCCGUUUGCUUCUGCUGCAGUCCAGGCCACGCCCACCGCGACUGCCCCAACCCCGACCUUGUCCUCUUUCGGCGCACCCGCCAACAGUAAUAGCAGAGGCAACAGCAGCGUCGAAAUCAACAGCGCCAGUAGAAGCAGCGCCGGGUUUCAGUUCAGCUCCUUCGCCAAGCCAAGCCAUACGCCGAGCUCUAGUCGUCGCAUCUCCAGCUCUGAUAUUGCCAGUUCAUCACUUGCUAGCUCCUCAGCCAUCACUUCUUUCACCAGAUCCUAUAUCACUAAGGCGUCGGCUCGUCCGACCACCGAACUAUCGACACAGGCAAGUUCGAAAUCGGACUCCGAAUCUGGCUCUGGCUCCGCCUCCGGCUCAACCACGACCAUGGCCGCGGCUGUAUCAUCUGCUACCCACACGGGCGCUGCUGUUCCAGGCGCCAAGCUCUCCAGUGGCAUGGCUGCGGGGGUCCUGGUUGCUGCAGGAUUUGUUAUGCUGUAA